UAGUUCAAACCUUUCUACAGAAGUCAAACAUCACUUGAGAGGCUAAUGGUUGGAAUAUGCCAAUCUUGCAAUGAUUAUGUAUGCAGUAUGGGACACUAAAUGUCUGCAAAGAUGAACAGGGUGAAGCUAGAAAUGGAGCACCAACCAUGGGUCAUGAAAAUGGUUUAGAAAUGUGAGAUGGAUUUGGAUAAACAGGCAGGACUUAUUUAUGCGCUAUGUGUCCUUGAUGCUAUCCUUUUCCUAUCUCCCUCCUGCAAACCCCCCCUUUCUUUCAGGAGCCCUCUGAUCUCUGUCUUCGCUCUGUUUUCUCUCCAAUGUCCUCUGUUCUUUCUCUUCUCCGGUGCUGGCAGUCUGAUGUAAAGGCCUGGGAAUGGGGAAACACCUGCUGACUGUUUGCACACAAUUGUUCUCGUUUAUUGCAGAGAGGGAACUCCUGACCGUCACUCCUUGGAAUCUUACAGUUUUGUGUCUUUACUUUUUAUUAAGUUUUCAGUAAUCAAGGCUGAAAAUGCAGAAGUAACUCAUUAAUGGAUGAGGACAGGGCCACCAUAUGGGAUGACAGGAUUGUGUCAUAGGCGGAACAGACAGCUAUUAGCAAGCACAUUUCCGUUGCAGUUAGUAGAUGUGGACCUGACGAAACAUUGCUCCUGAAUUAAUACUCUGAGCCUCCUGGUUGUACCCCGGAGGAGGCUGGCGAACCAUGCGCUGCUCAACGCUGGUUACAAUCCUGGCAGCUGUGCUGUUGUAUUUGGUCAUAGGAGCGUUGGUGUUCGGCUGGUUGGAAGCUUCCAAAGAAAAAGAGGCUUAUGAAAAGCUGCUUGACUCGCAAGUCGCAUUCCUGAAAAAUCACAACUGCGUUCAUGAGAGGAGCCUCAGUGAGUUCACUCAGGUAUAUUUAUAUGCUCAGGUAGUGAUUAAUGCUAUCAAUGCUGGUGUGGAUGCCAGAAGUUUUUCUAAUUUCACCAGCAGAUGGGAUGUAGGCAGUGCUUUCUUCUUCUGUGGAACCAUCAUUACCACCAUCGGUUUUGGAAACCUCUCCCCGAAGACAGAGGGAGGCCAGCUGUUUUGUAUAUUUUAUGCCCUGGUGGGGAUCCCCAUGUUUGGCAUCCUGUUAGCUGGAGUUGGAGAUCAUUUGGGAACUAUGCUAAGGAGGGCAGUUGCAAAGCUAGAAGCUCUGUUCCCAAAGAAGGAGAGCCACAACAGUGUACGGAUCAUCUCUGCAGUGUUCUCUAUUCUGAUUGGCUGCUUGAUCUUCAUUGCCUUGCCCACCGUGGUGUUUCAGAAAGUGGAAGGCUGGACGUUUCUGGAGGCAGGAUACUUUGUAGUAAUCACGCUGACGACUGUGGGUUUUGGUGACUAUGUAGCAGAGAACCGGAAAAAAGGCAUUCCUUUGUACAAGCUCCUGGUGUGGUUGUGGAUUGUGUUUGGGUUGGCCUACUUUGCCUCCAUUCUCACUAUGAUAGGCAACUGGCUCCGAAUGCUCUCCAAGAAAACCAGGGCAGAGAUGGAGGAGCUAAGAGCGCAUGCUACAGAUUGGACCCAGAAUAUCCAGAACAUGUCUAUGGAUUUUCGAAUCCCAGUCCCUUUGGACCUUAAUGAUCCCUUCCAGCUCCAGCGAAGGCGCAGAAGGAAACGGCGCCGUGGUGCCCAUCAUCGGCACCCAAGACUGGCUGUGGACAGACUUCCUCAUGGAGUUUUUCCUGAUGCUAAUUCCAUCAGGGAAAAUGGCCAUCUGUUUGUGAACUUGCCUGGUUCUCGAUAUAACAGUGCCUCAGACACAAGAUUAUACUCGAGUCAUGAGAAGAGACCUGGACAAGGUGCAAGGCCUAUCUCUCACUCUGACUUGAGGUCUGAUUCCAAGCCUGGAUACUGCUCAGGAUCUACAUCCAGAUCCGUUUCAGGAUCAGACUCCAGAUCCGAAACACCAUUAGAAUCCUGUUCCCAGUCAGACUGGAGCUCACAGGAGUCUGGGUCAGGACCUGAUCCUGAGAGAAUACAGGCAAGCGAAAAUGAUAUCCCCGUUGUUUUGAUCGGAAGCUGUGCAAGUCUUCCACCUCCUGCUCCGCCUUCUCCACCUGGCCCCUCUCUUCUGGACUUCUUUGGUGAGAACCUGGCCUACAUUGAUGAGUCCUCGGACACACUAAGUGACCGCAUCAAAGUCUCUGGAGCUGGAUCAAACCGGCCUCGCAGGCUCAAGAAAAGGAGCAUGAGAAGGCAGCUUCCAUCCAUGAGUCCUUUAGGACUACAGAGAGCAUGCAGCAGUGAUUUUCAUCCCCCAUCAUAUCCACCAACACCUCCACCAUCAAAAGACUAAAAGACACUGGUCCUCAUUCUUGGCAGGAAAAGUAAAACUUGAUGUUUUUUUUUUUUACUCUGAGCUUAGCAUAGCAUAGAGAAGACACGAAAUAAUAAUAAAGUUAAUUAAAUAAAGUGGUAGCUUAGUGGUUAAGGCUCAGGAUUACUCGGAAGUUGGGGGUUCAUGCCCCAGCAUUGCCAAGCUGCCACUCUGGCCCUAACCCUCUGAGCUCCAGGAGGCACUGUAUCAUGGCUGACCUGGUGCUCUGAGCCCAGCUUUCUAACAUCACUGGGCUAUGCAAAGAAAGAAUUUCAAUGUACUGUAAGGUACAGGUGAUGAGUUUACCUUUACCUUAAUCCACAAAGAAACAAGGUUCGGUCCCUGUGACUGGCCUAAAAAUAUUAUGUUAACAAGCACACACGUGUUCAGUGUUUACUUAUUACAUAGAUACUUAAUACUUGCCAGUGGAUUUGAUAAUAUAAACAUUAUACACUGAGGCCAGCUUAAUUGGAUUGUUAAAGCUUCACUGUAAUUAACCUCUUGCACAAAUCACCAGUAGAAUUAGACAAAUUACAGAAUGCAGAGGAAGAUAACCACACAACCUCCUGUAAACCAUGGAUAAACCCAUAAGUAAAUGUAAUUUACUGCCUUAUAAAAGAGUUAAGAAGCUAACUGUGUACCUGCUACAUAGUCACCAAAACCCACAGUCGUCAGCGUGAUUACUACAAAGUAUCCUGCCUCCAGAAAAGUCCAUAAAAACCAGUUUGCUAUUAAUUUAUUAGCCUUCAGUUGCAUGAAUAACCUCUUUGAUUGUACAACAUAGUCACAUAUCAAAAUUACCUAUACAGGAUAAUGUUGGUUAUAUAUGUUUUUUUUUCCUUUAUAAUGACUUCUUCUUCUUCUUCUUUUGGCUUCUCCCAUUAGAAAUUGCCAGAGUGGAUCAUCGUUUCCAUACCCCCCUGUCCUGUACAUCUGCCUCUUUCACCACAACCACCUGCAUGUCUUCCCUCACCACAUCCAUAAACCUCCUCUUUGGCCUUCCUCUUUUCCUCUCUCCUGGUGGCUCGAUCCUC